GGGCAACUCACAUGACUCUCCUGGUUGCCAUGGAGAGGCAAAGUAACAAGGAAGCAGCACAGGAGUCAGGAGAAGGAGCGGAGCGCACUCCACAACACCCGCAACAUGGCCAUUCCUUUUUCCAACACCAAUUAUCGCAUCCCUCGAGGGUUUGCCACUCUCCUGGAAGGGCUCACCAGAGAGGUCCUAAGGGAGCAGCCGAAGGAUAUCCCGCUAUUUGCUUCCAAAUACUUUUCAGACCUUCUGCAGAACAGGGAAGGGAUGGGCUUCGAUCCGGCCGAAUGGAGUGCGUCUUUGGAGGACAGGUUCUACAAUAAUCACUCUUUCCAGCAUGCAGAAGAGAAUAUAUUCACUCCACGUUCUGAAGGUGUGAGCAGUUUUAGAGAGAGUGCAAAGAUAGUGGACAUCUCUAUGGAAUUUCCACAGCCACUAGAUAUCCCAUUGGAGGAGGAACACAAGGCACAGCCUCAAGAGGUCCCAUCAGAGGAGGAACACAAGGCACAGCCUCAAGAGGUCCCAUCAGAGGAGGAACACAAGGCACAGCCUCAAGAGGUCACAUCAGAGGAGGAACACAGAAUAGAGCAACAAGAUGUCCAAUCAGAGGAGGAAUCCAAGAUGGAGCAACAAGAGGUCCCAUCAGAGGAGGACCACAAGAUAGAGCAACAAGAGGUCCCAUCAGAGGAGGACCACAAUAUAGAGAAACAAGAGGUCCCAUCAGAGGAGGAACACAAGAUAGAGCAACACAAUAUCCCAUCAGAAGAGGAACACAAAUUUCAGGCUCAAGAGGUACCACCAGAGGAGGAACAGCAAGUUCAGGCACAAGAGGUCCCAUCAGAGGAGGAGGAACACAAGAUACAACUACAAGAUGUCUCUUCAUCCACCCAGCGAUCUGAGGAAGUUGUAUACAAGGAGGACGAGGGGCCGGGCCGGGACCAGGCUGCCACUGUGAUCCAAGCCGCCAUCCGGGGACAUCUAGUCAGACAGGAAGUGAAGAAACUCCAAGACGUAGAGACAGGAGACAAGCCAAAUAUUGGACCUUCAUCUUCAGAGGUGAACUCAGCCACUCAGGAUGAAGAGCAGAAGACAGACAGGACUGACUUCGAUUCUGCAGAACACAUGGAACUCCCACUUGUUGGAUCCACAGCAGUGUUACAAGACAUCGCUGAUCCUGGGGUAUCUCAUGAGGACCCAUCUAGUGCAGAAGCAAAUAUAACUGAUGUUUCCAGUGACAGAUCUGUAUUGGAAGCCCUCACUUCAGACACAGCUCUGCAAGAACAUCAACACAGUGUGCAAGAAGAUGGGCUUCAUGUAGACACAACUGAUGAGAAGGACGAGGCUGUGGACAAUAAGGUGAACAAUGCGGGUAUGACAGACGAUGAUGGGGUACAGGCUGCUGAAGACCCCGAAUCUGAGGCUACAGAACCUCCUUCCUCUGGGAAAGAGACAGUUACUGGCAUGGAGAUAGAGCAAGAAAUCAACCAGGAACAAGAUGAAGAACCUGAGACAUUGACUCUGACAUCUGACCAACACUUGGUAGAAGACAUAAAUGAUCAAGUUCACGCAACCACUGAGAACAGAAAGGACGAGGCAGCUGAACAACCCAUUAUAGAGGAUAGAAGUGAGCAGACAGCUAUGGUUACUGGACAGAAUGAUGUAGUGGACAUUGCUGAACAGGUGGCCCAGACCACUGGACACUCUAAGGCAGAAGAGACCAGUGACCAGACAGCAGAGACAACUAAUCAGCCUGCUAUAGAUAACUCCGGUGAACAGAUCACUGUUACGGAGGAAACUGAGGAACAAAAAAAUGAGAAUAAUGGAGACCAACCAACUUCUGGUACUGUCCUAGAUGAAGAAAGAGCAGGAGAGGAGAAUGAAUCUUGCAUGAAGCAUCAGGAGGAAGCUCUGGACAUCGCCCUUGAUGACCCGGGUGCUAAUGCGGCGGCUACAAAAAUCCAAGCUGGGUUCCGCGGACACAUGACCAGGAAGAAGAUGAAGGGCAGCGACAAAGAACUCAAACACAAAGACGACAAAGAGGGCAGCAGCGCAGAGGGGUCCAUAGAGAGCUAAAAGCAGGCAAUGUUGCACUCACGUGACUUGUUCCACCGGCAAGAACCACUAUUGCUGCGAGAAGAAAGCAUCUCCGGCUUACAGAUGUCCUCCAGUACGCCCCCUGCAGGAAUGAUUGCCCCUGUGCAGCCACUGGAAGAUUAUGUGUGCUCCUUUGUUCCCCUGCAUCUCUUCCUGUGGUCACUUUCUUUGCGCCUUGAAUUUUUAUUUAUUUUUUCUGUUUUUCGUUUUUGUUUGCGUUCAGUGAAAGAAUAGUUAGGACGGCUUUUUCUCUGUAAAUCGUGACACAUUUUUUUUCUCCCCGUGCUUGCUGCAUCACUUCUGAUUUGUGACACUUUAAUAAGUCUGUGUUUGCAUGCUUCUUCUGCCAGAAAGCGAGCUUUUAUAAAUUCUCACCAUUAUUGCUGCAAUUAAAAUAUCGGAAAUUGGCUAUACGGAAAUGUCAGAUGGGCACCUUUGGUUCUUCUAAAGAUAUCAUUGGGGCGUGCCAAGGAAAUAUUUGCGUUGUCACCGGCUCACGGCUAAACAUUUCACCCAGGUUCAUCUACACCUGCACUGAGAAAAUACAUUGCUAACCUCGUUUCCUAAAAAUGCUACUUGCCUGGCUGUUACAUUAAUCACAAGUUCUGAUUUCCAUCUCACUGGCUGCAUGAUCGUUUCAUAGUGGAGGUAACUAGGUCAGAUACAGACAUAUAAGGAAGGAGUUGGCAAUGGCAUCCACCAUAAUUCUUUCAGUAUAUUUUUCCUUUAACGUGAACCUGUCAGUAAUUUAAAGUAUAUCCAAAGCCUAGCAAUGAGCUUUUCCUAUUUGCUCUCUUUUGGUCUGAAAGUUUUUCGUUGUAACUAUUUAAUGCCGUUUGGCUUGUGGUCCAAUUGAUCUCAUUGGACGGGUUUGCCAUGUAGU